AAGACUACAGCGGAGCCUCUGGUGUUUUGACGUACUAGAUAAACUUAUAUUUACGGCGUCGUCUUCGUUGUAAGAACUUUUAGAAAAUCGUAAUUCUGUUGUAGUUUCAUCGCGAAGUAAGUGUAUAGUGUAAAGUUCAAGUAAGAGGUAAACGCAAAAAUCGCCAAUAUUUCAUAUUGCACGCCUAUUUUUGUUCUUUCAGAAAAGUUUUAAUCGUCCUCUGAUAGUUCUCCUCAGUGUAAAGACAAAGACAACGUCUACUGCUCCUCGAGCAAAAAAAAAUCACCUGAAGGCGGGACAGCCACUUCUACUACGUGAUAUAAAAAUCGUCCCUGGCACGAUCUACAAUUUUCGAUUUCGAAUCUUCUUGUUCCAAACAAAAAAUGCCACGCGUUUUCGGCGCUUCUUUCAUGGGACCGCGGGGCAACGGUGGAAAGCGGCGUCACCACCGACGGGGCGGCGGUGUGGGAAAUCGAAUUCGCACGACGAGAAAUUUGUCGCCCGACGAAAAUUUGCUGUCGGGGUGGUUUGGCAUGUUGUUGCGUCACGGAGAAGACGCCGGGGAACCAGGUGGGGGGGACAAACACAUUUUGGGAACGCCGCUUGAUUUGCAUUGCAACAGCAUCGCGCUAAUAUAUAUAAAUUGCAUUACAAGCUUCUGACUUAGCAUUGCAAAUUGUUUUGGUAAUGCGGAUGCGUGAACAAGAAAAAGAUUUGCUAUGCAUGUAAAGCAAUUAGUAUAAGUACGAGUGCGAUGCUUUUGCGCUACAUACUGGAGGAACUGCGGCAAUUCGCUCCGUCCGGGUUCGUGCCGUGGGAAAAGUUUCUCUAUCACAGUGACAAAAGUCCUUGGCUCGGUGCCAGAGCGACGCACUAUAAUGCGCAUGGUGCGCUAGCCGUGCUUGAUGUUGAUUUAUUUUUUUAGCCUUCCUCAUCCUCGUCUACACUUCUGACGGAGAUUCUGUAGUCGUAGAUUGUAAUUGGUAUGUCAGGGCGAACAUGCGCGCCCAUGAUUGUGUUAUCUUGUCUUCCAGAUACAGAGCGGAGGACUGUUUUCAAUGUGAUAGUGUUAUGCCUGCUUUCCUGAAGAAACACCCGAUCCACAACGAUGCCGGCGAGCGGAGACCGUGCAGCAUCAAGGCGCUGUGCAAGUACAGCAUCAAUGGUAACGAAGUAGAGCUUGGUCUGCCAGGUCUGCAAUUCUUGCGUCAUUUUGCUGCGUCUAUUCAGGAGCGACCUCGUAGGGUCAUAAUCAUGUGUGGUAAUGCACUUCCUCCGGAUGGUGCGGCUCGCGAUGGCUUGAUAGUGGCAACUAAAAAAUGAAUAGAAAAACAAAAUUCAAAAAAGGUGAUGGGGAGCACCGCUUCGAGUAUUUCAAGAGCAAAAACCCGGGAACGAAGCUGCAGCACUACGUGCGAGCCAUAUGGUCGGCAAAAGUAUCGGGCACAUGCGCAUGCAGAAAAAUUCAGUGCGGUUUUUCUCCUUGCAUGAACAGAAUUACACUGGGAUAUUUGUAUUUCAGGACAUGGACAGCAUUCAUAGAACCACCAAAGUGACAAUUGCAGUGUUUCUUGCAUUGUGAUUGUUUUGCAUCCGAUCGGUGCUUUUGCGCUGCAUAAACCAGGACCAACAAUGAUUGGGCGGUAUUGCAGCUGGAGGAGCCCGAGGAGGAGUACUGGGAAGGAAAAUACAAGUAAGUAAGGAUGUAUUUCUAGUAGUGUUCAUGUUCUUUUGUGUAGUGGGGGCUCGUGGCUAAUUCCGCAAUGCUGAGUCCUCUCAUCUCGGUACAGCCUCUAGUCUAGACUCGAAAAAAGAUCUAUCCUCCGCUUGUGGUCUUAGGCAAUAAAAAUAAAAUUUGAAAAUUUUGCGGUUUUGAGUCUGUCAUAAAAAUGAAAUUUUGGAAUUUCGCGGUUUUGAAUCAGUCAUAAAAAUAAAAUUUUGGAAUUUCGCGGAUUUCUGCUGCCUUCUUUCUUUUUGAUGCAUUGUCUUGCUGACCGCUUGCCUGUGCUUGUGCAUGAUUCGGCAAGAUACUCUUGUUGCCCGCUUUUUCUACUUCUGCCUUACCAAUAAAAAUGAAAUUUUGAAUUUUCGCGGAUGCUUUCCCUUUCUUGCCCUCAAGACCCGACCCGUAUUCUAUCUUCACUUUCAUAUACAGAUACAAAACACUAACAUUCACGACAGAGAGUUGAAGAUGCAGAAGCACGAAGAUCAGCAGCUCGGCUCCAACAACAAUGACGGUGGUCCGGAUGCUGGAAGCGGCUCGGGCGGUAACGGUGAGGGGGAUGAUGAUGGCGGGGACCACAACAAUGAUCCGAAUCACGAAGGCUCCAUGGACGACGAGGACCACGAUGGUAUGGUCGACCCAGAUCAGUUUGUGCACAACGAUCGCGACGACUCGCCCACCUUGGAUCACGAUGGCAAGAUGAACCGCCUGGCGGGCAGUGAGGGUCAUGGCCGCGAAGUUGUGGAUCAUUAUUCACCCUCGCACAACCCCUUUGCCAGGCAGAAUAACAGUGUCCCCAUGGGUCACGGUAACGUCAACAUGUCGGGUUCGUCUUCUCGCGGUCGUGCAAAUCGAAGCCGAGAUCAGGGACGCCAGCAGCCCCAGCGGACCAACUUGUAUUUUGUUUUUGAUUUUCAUUUUUAUAUUUUUUUCGGAUUUUUUUGAUGCAUUCGCUUUGUUCGCCGUCGUGUAGAAGUGCAGUGGUUGAGGAUAAGAACGGAGUCGUCUUACGGCUGUGUCUCGCGAUUUGGAAAAAUAAAAAUGAAACGAUCAAUCCGCAGCUUCAUCGACCAUCCCGUGACGAAAGCGACUGGUGCGAACGAAACACCGCUAGGGCCAAAGCGAUUCUAAUCCGAAGAGCAAUCGUUUUGGGAGUGAAACAAGGCUCAGUCAAUGGAUACUACUCACCGUUUUUACGUUACGGCUAGGGGAGGUUACGCGGGUAACCACAGCAAUUCUACAGUCGUUGUACCUUCCAGCAAAGGUCCUUGCUAUCCAGAAGUUUUUGUAAAUGCGGUCCUAGAAUAAUGAAAAACAUCAAUUUUGAUAAUUUCAUCAGAAAGUACACUUAUGAUAUGUCACUCUUUCGAAACGCACGACAGCUAUCCAAAUUUUACGCACGAGUACUCAAACCCAUUCAUUUCCACUUUUUGUUUUUACAUGAACUACGACUGAAGAAAAAAACGAAACAAGUUCCUUCUUCAGAACAGCCUGUUGGGAAAUGACGCCGGC